AUGGCCAUUGAAUGGUCGCUCUUUGCACUGGCAUACACCCUUGUAGGGCUUCGAAUUGGUGUACGGAUCACAAGAAGACAGCAGAAGCAUGUCAUUGUCUCCGACAUCCUUCUGAUAGUAUCUGCGCUGGACUGCCUAGGACUGAUCAUAUGCGAUACAUUGACAUAUGCGCUUGGAGGCAUGCGAUACAUACCACAAGGUGAGGCACUGACAGCAGCCAACAUCCGCAAUGAGGUUGCUAUGGACAAGAUCUCCUUUGCUGGCAACUACUUCUACGAUACCGGGAUGUAUUGGCCGAAAGCCGCGUUGAUCGCGCUGUACUUCAAAAUAAUUCCGCCGACUAUGCCACGACUGCGGGUGUCGCUUUAUAUCGUGACUGCAUUCGUGCUCGCGUGCGCUGUUUGCACCUGCCUCCUAGACACGCUUUGGUGUGCACCAAACAUUUCGAGCAACUGGUCAUUGGAGGAAGGUGCAUGUUCGACCUUCAAUUCUCUGCGCGUCCUGCAGAUUGACUGGGCGCUGAACUUUACGUCGGAUAUCGCGAUCUUCGUUCUUCCUUUCCCGCUCCUCCGCCAUCUCCAUCUUGGCUCAAGGCAAAUUUACGGACUUCUCGUUACGUUCGCACUUGGCCUCGCGACUAUCGCUGUCAACCUCGCUCGCUUCAUCACAAUCCAGACUGGCAACAAUUGGAAUGCCGUCUUCAUCUGGUCCAUGGCCGAAAUGGCCGUCGCUAUCAUUGUUGUCUCCUUGCCAGCGCUGAAAACUCUCCUCCGUCGCAAGAAUCAGACUUCAACAUCCUCAAACUCGUAUUCCAAUGGACAUCACUACGCUAUAAAUUCAUCACAUCGGAGAUCAGUGUUCGGGAGAAGCGACCCUAUGGACGAUUCGGGAAGUGAUGUCGAGUUGAAUCGCGUGGGUAAGAGAGAUGUGAUUUACAAGACCAAGGAAGUCAGUGUAGACUCAAGGCCAAUAGAUGAGAGUGAGGACGGAGGGCCUCUGGCUCAGGCUUGGACGAACAGCGGCUAUGGUGUUCAAGCUGGCAAGGGAGGUGUUUGA